AUGAUCGACAGCCCGACCGGUAGUAGUUCUAUGCCGGAGGCGUACAAAAAUUACUACGAUCAAAUCGCCAUCGGAGACGUGAAAAACAAACAUUCGCGUUCCCUAAGGAAAUUGUCGUUUUUAGGCGAUCUAAUAAAUGGUUUGAAUUAUGAACUUACGGACGAAGAAAUUAUCGAGGCGGUAAAAAAAGCGAAAAACAUGCUCGACAGACACAGUACGGCGGGUGAGAUUAUCGCAAUGACUAAUGUAGUCUUAGAGUAUGAAAUCGACGUCAAAAGUAACGUUAUCUACGUGCUAGACGGCUUGUGCGGCCGAGCCGUGUUUGAGUACGGGAAAAAGCGGUUGAGUAACCUACUGCUGAGAAAGGCAACGCGAAUGGUGGAAAGGCUGCAGCAUUUGAACAAAAUCAAUUUGAUACCGACCGAGCUGCUGGUAGCGAAAAAAACCGAACAACAAGUGGAACCUAUCGUUCUGGACUUCAUGACGAACGAUGAGAAAUUCGGAUACUUGGACUUACCGGACGACAGUGCAUCAGACGCGUGGAGCAACGGUCGCACGAAGAUGAUGCAGUUUGCAGAGCAACUGAACAAAAAUAAGAAAAUAUGUCCUUUGCCGAAUACCGGAAACGAAAACAAAGACGAACCACCAGCAGUUUACUCGUUUGACGGGAUAGAACAUAUAAACAACCAUUCUAGAGUGGCUAUCGACAAGCUAUUUAGCAUUGUCUAUAAGCGACUUGCCGCCGACCUCGCGGGGACCACCAGUUCGCCCGUCAAGUUUGAACAAGGCGGGCCGAUGACCCAUUCGUUGUUCGGCGGCAUUGUCAGGAAAAUGACGAAAAUCAUGUUUUCCGUCAACGGUUCGUACGAAGAAAACAUUUACGUGUUGGGCGUCGUCAUCGACAAAGUAGUUUCAGAGAUGCGACACCGAUCGCCCAAGGUGCAGUACAUGCGAAAAACGAAAAAAUCCAAAACCGUCGUCAGCCACGCUUUGGACAUGUCUUACUAUCCAAAACUCGUAAACAAUUUGAAAGUGCAAAAACAAAUAGCCGAACAGAGGAAAUAUGACACGCGGUGUAAAGAAAUGUGCAACAUGCGCCGGAGGGCGGCCAGGGUUUCGUUGUUCAAGCGAAUGCACAUGGAAGCAGCAGAAGCAGAAAUCGAAGCCAACAUAAACAAGGCAAGAAUCAAUACAUUUGUUGUGCAACCCGGCAUUGCUAAGGAAGAACAGUCUAGACGACUCGCCGAACUGGAUCAAGAACAGAAAUUAGCUGAGACCAUGGCUGAUUUGAAGCGCAGGGAAAUAGUACAAAAGAAAACCGAGCAAUGGGCUCAAGAAAAUUGCCAUGAACUUCGUCACAUGGAAAAACAACUAAGGACUGCGUACGCGAAAAAAGAGAUUAUGGCGCAAAUCAAAGAAAAAGAAGCGGCUAAAAAAGAAGCCAAAGUCCGAGACUACUAUGACGAUUUGAAAAUGAUAGAGGCCAACGAAAAAGAAAAGCUCGCCGACGAGAAAUCUCGAGAAAAACGACUCGAACAACGAGCAAGGUACAAAAAAGCGAUUGUUAAACAGUGGGGAGAAGCGAUUGACAGAAAAAAUCCACAACCGUAUUGUCCAAUGGACUGUUGGCCGCUGGAAAAAAAUGAUUCAAAAGACAAACUAAUGAAAAUGAAUAGACUUAAACAAGACAUGAACGAAUGCGUCCGCAUGAAAAUAGAGACCAAACAGGCAGAACAAAAACAGGCGGAUUUGGUGGAAAAGUACGUGUCGGAUUUCUUGGAACACAAGAAACGCGAAACAAAAGAGUUGGACGACGCUAAAAAAAGAAAACAAGACGAAUACGACAAAGUCUACGAAUAUCUGGUCAACAACCUGAUAUCGUUGAUGUCGGAUAAAUCGGAAAAACUAGACAUGAAAUUGAUUUUAGAAGAAGAACAGCAGAGGGUCAACGAUUGGCUCAAGGUAAAAGAGGAUGAACACAUCAGGAACGUUCGCCGGUACGAAUUAAUAAAGCAAAACGAUGCGCAGUUAAUGUUGAAAGAAGGGGAAAAACAAGAACAGAAAAAAAAAGACCUGGAAGAAGCGGAAAAAUUUUUGCAGUUGUACCGAGAAGACAAUAAGGUGGAAGAAGUGAAACACGACGACAAGCAGAAAGCAAAUACCGAGUAUGGCAAAGAGUUGAAACGGUUAGUAAACGAAAAAGAAAAAGCAAAGAAAGAGGCGUGGGAAAAAAUGAAAAACGAAGCUAGAGAAGCUGCCGAGUUGGAAGCAAAAAGAAUGGCAGAGAUCAAAAAUACACAAAAAAUCAUUAUGCAGCAACACGAAGCGACAUUGGCUGGCUUUUUCCCGCCAAAUUUAUCCACUAAAAGACGUUACUAGAGUUCAUCCAUUAGCUAAAAUGGAAUGUAGACAUUACAUUCUAAUAACUGCAAGACAAAAAAGGAUCAUAUCGAGUUUCGGUACAUUUCAC